UACAGCCUGUUCCCUCACACAAAAGCCCAGACGCGGAGAAAAUGGCGGCAGGGGUCGAGGCGGCGGCCGAGGUGGCGGCGACGGAGCCCAAAAUGGAGGGGGAGAGCAGCGCGCCCAGCGCACCAAGCGGCAACGGUGUUCCGGGUCCAAAAGGUGAAGGAGAACGACCUACUCAGAAUGAGAAGGGAAAAGAGAAAAACAUAAAAAGAGGGGGCAAUCGCUUUGAGCCAUAUGCCAAUCCAACCAAAAGAUACAGAGCCUUCAUUACAAACAUACCUUUUGAUGUGAAAUGGCAGUCACUUAAAGACCUGGUUAAAGAAAAAGUUGGUGAGGUAACAUACGUGGAGCUCUUAAUGGACGCUGAAGGAAAGUCAAGGGGAUGUGCCGUUGUUGAAUUCAAGAUGGAAGAGAGCAUGAAAAAAGCUGCUGAAGUUCUAAACAAGCAUAGUCUGAGUGGAAGACCACUGAAAGUCAAAGAAGAUCCUGAUGGUGAACAUGCCAGGAGAGCAAUGCAAAAGGCUGGAAGACUUGGAAGCACAGUAUUUGUAGCAAAUCUGGAUUAUAAAGUUGGCUGGAAGAAGCUGAAGGAAGUUUUUAGUAUGGCUGGUGUGGUGGUCCGGGCAUACAUUCUUGAGGAUAAAGAUGGAAAAAGUCGUGGAAUAGGCACUGUUACUUUUGAACAGUCCAUUGAAGCUGUGCAAGCUAUAUCUAUGUUCAAUGGACAACUGCUAUUUGAUAGACCAAUGCACGUGAAAAUGGAUGAGAGGGCCUUACCAAAGGGAGAUUUUUUCCCUCCUGAGCGUCCACAACAACUUCCCCAUGGAGUUGGUGGUAUUGGCAUGGGGUUAGGACCAGGAGGGCAGCCUAUCAAUGCCAAUCACCUAAAUAAAGGCAUUGGCAUGGGAAACAUAGGACCUGCAGGAAUGGGAAUGGAAGGCAUAGGAUUUGGAAUAAAUAAAAUGGGAGGCAUGGAGGGUCCCUUUGGUGGUGGUAUGGAAAACAUGGGUCGAUUUGGAUCUGGGAUGAACAUGGGCAGGAUAAAAGAGAUGGAGCGUGUCAUGGGUGGAGGAUUUGAAAGAGACUUUGCCAGAAACGAGAUGGGAAUGUAUCGAAGCUUUGGAGAGCCCCUUGGCAGAGGAAUGGAAAUCCUAAGUAAUGCACCCAAGAGAGGCGAGAUCAUUGCAAAGCAGGGAGGAGGUGGAGGUGGAGGCAGUGUCCCUGGGAUCGAGAGGAUGGGCCCCGGCAUUGACCGCAUUGGGGGUGCUGGCAUGGAGCGCAUGGGCGCAGGCCUGGGCCAUGGCAUGGAUCGUGUGGGCUCUGAAAUUGAGCGUAUGGGCCUGGUCAUGGACCGCAUGGGCUCCGUCGAGCGCAUGGGCUCUGGCAUCGAGCGCAUGGGCACACUGGGCCUCGACCACAUGGCCUCCAGCAUCAAGCGCAUGGGCCAGACCAUGGAGCGCAUUGGAUCUGGCGUGGAGCGCAUGGGUGCCGGCGUGGGCUUUGGCCUGGAGCGCAUGGCCGCACCCAUUGAUCGUGUGGGCCAGACCAUUGAGCGCAUGGGCCUGAGCAUGGGUCGUAUGGUGCCCGCAGGCAUGGGGGCUGGCCUGGAGCGUAUAGGCCCUGUGAUGGAUCGCAUGGCCACCGGCCUGGAGCGCACGGGCACCAACAACCUGGAGCGAAUGGGCGCCAACAGUCUUGAGCACAUGGGCCUGGAGCGGAUGGGUCCCGCCAUGGGCCCGGCCCUAGGCGCUGGCAUUGAGCACAUGGGCCUAGCCAUGGGUGGCGGUGGCAGUGCCAGCUUUGACCGUGCCAUCGAGAUGGAGCGUGGCAACUUGGGAGGAAGCUUCGCAGGUUCCUUCGGUGGAGCUGGAGGCCAUGCUCCUGGGGUGGCCAGAAAGGCCUGCCAGAUAUUUGUGAGAAAUCUCCCAUUUGAUUUUACAUGGAAAAUGCUAAAGGACAAAUUCAACGAAUGUGGCCAUGUGCUGUAUGCGGACAUCAAGAUGGAGAAUGGGAAGUCCAAGGGGUGCGGUGUGGUUAAGUUUGAAUCUCCAGAGGUGGCUGAGAGAGCCUGCCGGAUGAUGAAUGGGAUGAAGCUGAGUGGCCGAGAGAUUGAUGUUCGAAUCGAUAGAAAUGCUUAAGCAGUUGCCUUUUUUAAACAUCGAUACCAGACCUCUGAAUUUGUAUUUUUUCUUGUUAACCAUUUUAAUUUGUUGGCUGGAUGUAUAAAGAUGUUUAAAAAAUUCA